CACUAUUCGCACUCACACAAAGCCACGGUAAACAUUUGUCGCAGAACCGAACACGUCAGCUACGGGGAUUGAUUGUUAAACAACGUUUAUAUCGCCCCGCAAAUCCGAUCAGUAGCAGCAGUCCAUCCUGCCCCGUCCGCAUCCGAUCCGCGAAGUAUUUUCCAGGGCAAAAACGUGAAACGCAGCAGCAAAAUGGUACUCAUUGCUGCGGCUGUCUGCACGAAGAAUGGCAAAGUGAUUCUGUCACGUCAGUUUGUCGAGAUGACGAAGGCACGCAUCGAGGGUCUGCUGGCUGCCUUUCCCAAGCUGAUGACUGCUGGUAAGCAGCACACCUACGUGGAGACGGACUCCGUGCGCUACGUCUACCAGCCGAUGGAGAAACUAUACAUGCUGCUCAUCACCACUAAGGCCAGCAACAUUCUGGAGGAUCUGGAGACCUUGCGCCUCUUCUCGAAAGUGAUUCCCGAGUAUAGCCACUCGCUGGACGAGAAGGAGAUUGUGGAGAACGCCUUCAAUCUGAUCUUCGCCUUUGACGAGAUCGUGGCACUCGGCUACAGGGAGAGCGUCAACUUGGCCCAGAUCAAGACCUUCGUGGAGAUGGACUCACACGAGGAGAAGGUCUACCAGGCAGUGCGCCAGACGCAGGAGCGUGAUGCGCGCCAGAAGAUGCGCGAGAAGGCCAAGGAACUGCAGCGGCAGCGCAUGGAAGCCAGCAAACGGGGUGGUCCCUCCCUGGGUGGCACGGGCGGCCGCAGCGGCGGCUUUAUCUCCGACGGAUUCGGCAGUAGCGGCGUGAGCAGCAGUUCCGGUGCCUCCAGCGCCAACAUCGGCAUCACCUCCAUCGAUGUGGACACCAAAUCCAAGGCGGCUGCCACUAAACCAGCUUCCCGCAAUGCCCUCAAGCUGGGUGGCAAGUCCAAGGAUGUCGAUAGUUUCGUGGACCAGCUGAAGAACGAGGGCGAGAAGAUUGCCAAUCUGGCACCGGCGGCGCCCGCUGGAAGUUCCAGUGCUGCAGCUAGCGCCAGUGCAGCGGCCAAGGCAGCUAUUGCGUCGGACAUUCACAAAGAAAGCGUACAUCUGAAGAUUGAGGACAAACUAGUAGUGCGUCUGGGACGCGAUGGUGGCGUGCAGCAGUUCGAGAACUCGGGCCUCCUGACGUUGCGCAUUACGGACGAGGCCUACGGACGCAUUUUGCUGAAGUUGUCUCCCAACCACACACAGGGCUUGCAGUUGCAGACCCACCCCAACGUGGACAAGGAGCUGUUCAAGUCGCGCACGACCAUCGGACUAAAGAACUUGGGCAAGCCGUUUCCCCUCAAUACCGAUGUGGGUGUGCUCAAGUGGCGCUUCGUCUCCCAGGACGAGUCGGCCGUCCCGCUGACCAUUAACUGCUGGCCAUCGGAUAAUGGAGAGGGUGGAUGCGAUGUGAACAUCGAGUAUGAACUGGAGGCGCAGCAGCUGGAGCUGCAGGACGUGGCCAUUGUCAUUCCCUUGCCAAUGAAUGUGCAGCCUUCGGUGGCGGAGUACGACGGCACCUACAACUACGAUUUACGCAAGCAUGUGCUCCAGUGGCACAUUCCCAUAAUCGACGCCGCCAACAAGUCCGGUUCCAUGGAGUUCAGCUGCAGUGCCUCCAUUCCCGGGGACUUCUUCCCCUUGCAGGUGUCCUUCGUCUCGAAAACGCCGUACGCGGGCGUCGUGGCCCAGGAUGUGGUGCAGGUGGACAGCGAGGCGGCGGUCAAGUAUUCGAGCGAGUCCAUUCUGUUCGUGGAGAAGUACGAGAUCGUGUAGGCCGCGCCGCUGGCCACGCCCACCUAUGUAGUACAUAAAUAUACAUAAUUUCCCGAGGUCAUCCGAUGCGAUGCAAUUAAUCCAACUGCAGCGGCAUGUUGAGAAUUAUUUUUCCAUGUUCGAACUUUACAUAUUUAUGGCGCAGACAGCUUCUCAGAGCGAGUAUUUGAUUCCAAAAAAAAAAACACCAUCAAAGCCAAUUAAUUAAACUAAUUUUGUGCACUCCAAGCGCUGCAUAUAAUGGUAUCAAAUAAAUUAAUUGCAAUUAGUUGUA